AUGAGGAAAUGUUCUUUAAUGGAAGAGAAUGCAGACGAUAAAUUUGAGGAAUGUGUGGAACUUUGUAAAAAAGGUGUUCAGAUGUGUCGGAUCAAAAGAGGUCGUCUAACAAGCCCCCGAAAGGUGUAUGUAGAAGAUAAGAAAUGGCUCUGUUAUCAUAGCGCUGCUCUUUGGAAGUUUUUACCGAUGCGAUUGAAGUAUGUCAAUCUCGAUGAUAUUCAGGAAGUGCGUAAAGGGUUUAGUUCUGAUAACCUUCGAUCUGCUGCAAAAAAUCAUCGACAUCUGCUCCAUAAAUCUAUUGAUUUUGCUGCAGAAAAUUCAUCACUAAUUGAAGAUUUUGCUAAAGGUUUACAGCAUUUGGUUACUCAAAAGAAUUUGCAGCGUUUGCAUUUUGACGAAGACUGCUGGCUUUUAGACCAUUUCCAGAGAGCUGAUGUAGAUAAAACUGGUAAAUUAAAUUUUGAUGAAAUUAUGAAUCUUCUGAAAAAGAUGAAUCUACAAAUCAGUGAGGAAUAUGCACGAGCUGUGUACACGAAAUCAGAUAGCUUCGGUAAAAAGGAUGGCCAGUUGGACCAAGAAGAAUUUCUAAACUUUUUUGCUCAUUUAACGCAACGUCCCGAUUUAAACCAUGCAAUGAAGAUGUUCAGUUCUAAUAAUGAACCGGUUUUAUCAGCUAAUGACGUGAAAACAUUUUUAACUACUGAGCAACAGUUUGAAGAUGUUGAUGAAAAGAAGGCUGCAUUAAUAAUCGAAACAUUCGAGACAGGAAAGCAAAGUACGAAACUACUUGGACCAGUUGGUUUUCGUCGAUUACUACUUUCCAGAUGGGGUAACAUUAUGAAACCAGGACAUGAAGGAGUUUUUCAAGAUAUGAAUCAUACUCUUAGUCAUUAUUAUGUCUGUACAAGUCAUAAUACUUAUCUCACUGGAUUGCAAAUGAAAGGUGAAGCAACCGUUGAAGGAUAUAUUGGUGCUUUAAAAAAGGUGGAUGUUUUUGAUGGCGAAGAAGGGGAACCUUGUAUUACGCAUAAACGUACUUUUAUCAAAACGAUAUCUUUAAGAGAUACUUUGAAGGAAAUUGAUGCGUAUGCAUUCAAAACAAAUCCUUACCCUGUAAUUUUGACCAUUGAAAAUCAUGUUAGUUUAUGUCAACAGAAAGCAAUGGCGCGCAUUUUUAAAGAGAUACUGGGCCAUAAAAUAUAUGUGCGUCCCGAAAAUGGAGCAUCUCAGCCUUUGCCUUCUCCCAAUGAUUUGAAGAAUAAGUUUUUGUUGCGUGGUAAAAUAUUGAAGGCAAAACAAAGUCUUGAUAAAGAGUUGAAAGUGGAAAAUAAUGAAUUAGUUGAAAACAAAAGUGAAAAAAAAGAAAUCAUCAAGAUCGAUCCAGAAUUUUCGUAUCUUAUAGCACUGCCAUCUGUUCAUUUGUCACACAAUAUAUUUCAAGACAUUGAAGAACAUCCGAUGGAUGGUUCUCCAUCUCUUUCAGAAGGAAAAGUAGUAAGUCAUUUGGAAAGCGGGUAUUUGUUAUCAGCAUAUACGUCAAAAAGAUUUGUGAAGUCAUUUCCCAAAGGUUUACGUCAGGACUCAAGCAAUAUGGAUCCCAUCCCUUCGUGGAUUUGUGGUGUUCAGUCAGUUGCUAUGAAUAUUCAGACAACUGGAGAAUAUCUUGAUUUAGCUAAUGGCUUGUUUCGGAUCAAUGGUAAUUGUGGUUAUGUACUCAAACCACAAACACUCAUUGAGGGACUUGAUCCACGCAUGCCUGAAAUAUCAUCUACAAUUACAAUGAAGUUAUUAGUCGGAGUCAUUAGUGGACAAUAUCUGCCAAAAACAUCGCAAAUAAACGAUAUAAUUGACCCCUACGUCACUGUUGCAAUCUAUGGAAUCCCUGCAGAUACUCGAAAGUUUAAGACAAAAACGAUUCGCAACAACGGAUUUAAUCCACAAUUCAACGAAACAUUCAUAUUCCCGCUUCAUUUUCCUGAUUUCGCUUUGCUUCGUAUUUGUGUGAAAGACUUUGACUCAACUUCAGCAAAUGAUUUUAUUGGUGAAUAUACAAUACCAGUAAGAAGUGUUCGUGCAGGUUAUUCACAUGUACGACUGAACACGGGUCAUCCUCGGAAGAUGGACGAAUGUGCCUCUCUUUUCAUACGGAUCGCGUUUGAGUAA